UGGGAAUGAUGGAGGGCCUUUGGUGAAGGCUACUGUUGGUGAGGAUGCAGGCUCUGCUGCCGAGGGCUCCCCCGUCGGGGAGCUUAAGAGAAAGCAUGCUGGGAAGGCCGUGGUGCCCCCGGAGGGCAAGAAGCAGAAGAAGGGGGCCACUGAGAAGAAAGAGGCCCCCGUUGUCAUUGUCGAGGAACAUUCCUCCUCUGAGCCCCCGGCUCAGGUUGCUGGUGCGUCAUGGCCCCAAGAAAACGUGCAGUUCUCAAUUACCAAGGGGACUGCCAUCAUGCGUGGCACUUUGAACCCGAGGGAGUUCCUGAGGGGUGCCACCCCCGACAGACAAGUCGAUGCUAUCCCGGCAUGCUGACGAUGCCCUCUGCUCCAAGGUCCUCCAGGCCUCAGUUACGGCAUGCCUUGGGCUUGGCAAGCUCAUCCAAAGGAUGGAGCAAUCGCAACUUCAGAAGGCACAAGCUGAUGAAGCCCUGAUCCUUGCCCGGAAGCAGCUCCAGGAGGCGCAAGAGGCCUUCCGUUUUGAGAAGG